GUCAAGGAAGGCAAAGGCUCCGCUGUUCGACUAAUGUUUCAAAUCCCUAUGCAUCGAUUGAUGUAUCUUUGUAUGAUACGCUGGCUGUACUUACAGCGUGAUCACUGGGUCAGACGUCUACCCCGAGGUUCGUCCACGGUGCUACAGACAGCUGUUCCCUUACGAUAUUGUUCAGUACGAACCGGACCGCCAGCACACGUGUUCGAGAUGGACGCAGAGCCGGAAUGUUCCCCGUCGCGCGAUCUACAAUCCGUUCUCUCGAGAUGAUGCCUAGGCUGACCUCGGUGCUCCUAGUGAGCCUUUGCUUCGCGCGGACGUUCGUGUCUGCGUUCCAGUAUUUCGCGGACAAUAAGACGUGUACCCUCGAGCCACUGGGUAGCGGACAGGACGAUACGAGCCAGAUUGAGGCUGCUAUCGCGCUGUGCGGGCACUAUGGAACGACGGUCUUCGCGCCUGGAGAAUACAAUGUGACAAGGAAGAUGACAUGGGAUCUGGUAGAGUCCAGAGUUGACCUGCACGGCUACCUGAAUUUCGUCGCAGACUUGCCCUACUGGAUGUACCCCGAGAACACGUACCGCGUCAUCUUCAUCCAAAGCCAAGCGUCGUGGUUCGUCAUCACCGGGAACGACUUCGUGGUCGACGCGCACAACACAGGCGGCAUCAUCGGGAAUGGGCAGUACUGGUGGUCAUGGUACGGCAAUGGCACGCGUAUCGAUGGCGACGGCCGCCCGGUCGCGCUCACCGUGUACCGCGCACUCCGGGGCACCAUCGCCAACUUCCGGAUCGAGGGCCAGCCGUUCUGGUGCAACGCUGUCGCGGAGAGCCAGAGCGUUGUGUACGACGGCAUGUACUGCAACGCGACGAACGCGGAUCCUCUGUAUUAUAAUCAGAAUAUCGUGUGGAACACGGAUGGCAUCGACACAUUCCGGUCCGACAACAUUACCCUGUUGAACUGGGAUAUCACGCUCGGGGAUGACUGCAUAGCAAUCAAGGGCAAUUCGACGAAUGUGUACGCCAAGAAUAUCACCUGUACCGGCGGAACAGGGAUCGCGUUCGGUUCCUUGGGGCAGUACUACAACCUGUACGACAACGUUGAGAACAUCACGCUGGAGGACAUCACGAUGAUUAGGCCGGACCCGACGAUACAGCCUUACAUGGAGCACGGCGUGUAUCUCAAGUCGUGGACUGGGACAACGAUUGGCUUCCCCCCUGCGGAGGGAGGCGGUGGCCCGGGGACGACGACAGGCGUCAUCGCGCGUAACUUCAAUCUUGACAAUGUGACGUACCCCAUUCAGCUCUACCAAACGAACUCCGGACACGCGGGCGAUGCGCCAUCGAAGUAUCAGUUCGGCGGCCUCACAUUUGUCAACUUCACUGGUACAGCAUCGACAGACCUGCAGUGCAGUCCGGCGGCACCAUGUCCGGAUCUAUCUUUCAAAAAUAUCGACAUCGAGACACCCAGUGGCACGGCUGCGACGUACAACUGUUACAACGUCGUCAGCCAGACGGGUCUGAGUGGUAAGCCUCACCGUGCUGGCCUGCCUGCCGGGUCAUUGCUAUUAUCUAAUGUCCGUGUGGCUUCUCAGCGUGCAACACGACGGCAUGAGCUUAAGGCCAUCCCGCUCAUGCGGCGGGGGCCGGUGAAGAAGUGCGUAGUUUUUAGAUAG